UGUUCCUGUAAUAAAACUAAUCAUUCUCAUUCUCCCUCUUACACGAUUUUGCGUUUCGUUUCUGCUUUUCAUUUUCUUUCAAGAAGCGUAAAUGGCGAACAAUGGACCUAACUGGGACGGAUUGCUCAAUUGGAGCCUCUCCCAUUCCGAUGGAUCUUCCUCUUCUCGCCCCAUAAGUGAGCAAGAUCGACAAUGGUUUAUGGAAGCUAUGCAAGCACAUACAAUCGAUUCAAUCUCUCGUAUGAAAGUUAUAUCUCAAAUCAUGAAAACGCCUGAACAAGUCUUGGAGGCCCAAGGCGUUACGCCUGAUGAUCUUGAAGGAAUGUUGGAUGAGCUUCAGGAACACGUUGAGUCGAUCGAUUUGGCCAAUGAUCUUCACUCCAUUGGAGGUUUGGUCCCUCUCCUUAGUUAUCUCAAGAACUCUAAUGCGAAGAUUCGAGCAAAGUCGGCCGAUGUUUUGACCACUGUUGUCCAAAACAAUCCAAGAAGCCAGCAACUUGUUAUGGAAGCAAAUGGGUUAGAGCCAUUAUUAACAAACUUUGUUGCUGAUCCCGACAUUAGAGUUCGGACCAAGGCGCUCGGUGCUAUAUCCUCUCUUAUCCGUAACAACCAACCCGGGAUUACAGUAUUCCGCCUGGCAAAUGGCUACGCUGGCUUGCGAGACGCUUUGGUUUCUGAUACCGUUAGAUUCCAAAGAAAAGCCUUGAACUUGAUUCACUAUCUUCUCCAAGAAAGCAACUCAGACUGUAAAAUCGUUAGAGAUCUUGGAUUCCCUCGCAUAAUGAUCCACCUAGCAUCCAACCAAGACUUAGAAGUCCGGGAAUUUUCCCUUCGUGGUCUCCUAGAGCUUGCCCGUGAAGAAUCUGAGAGAAACCUUGACAGAGCGGAUGUGAAUCUAAGACAGCUUCUUGAGGAGAGAACAAGAAGAAUCAUUGUGAUGUCGGACGAAGAUCUUUGUGCAGCUAGAGAAGAAAGACAGCUAGUGGAUAGUCUUUGGACAGUGUGUUAUGAUGAACCGUCCCAUCUAAGAGAGAGAGGGCUGGUUUACCUCCCGUCUGAUGAUGAGCUGGCUCCUGAUGUGGUUAGGGACCGCUUUGAACCUCCUCUUAGGGCUUGGGCUGCAAGACGAGAUGAUGAAACGAGUGAACCACCGGUUCCAGUACUUCUGCUUGGCCCUGCACCGUGAUCUCGUUGCUAUGGCAUAUAGAAAGAACCAAUCUAUUGGAUUUUGCAUAUAUCAACAAUACAGCAUUGGUUUAGAAAUUUGAGCAACAAGCACAUAGACAAUCUAAGGUCUACGUCUUGCCAAUAUCAUAAUGUUCCGUUAUUGUGUCAAGUCGUGAAUCAGACUUGUGGUAUUGUUCUUGAAAGUGACUCAAUAUCGCAAUCAUAAUCUUAAUA